UUUAAUUCAAAAAAUGAAAACAUAAUAAAGUAAUGUAGAAGGAAAAGACCAUGGAGCGGUGGUUAGAUCUCAAUUUUCAAGUACAGGAGCGUUGCUUCCUCUGUCCAACAUCCACAUCCCUCCAUUUUCCUAUAAAAAUCCAACACACCCUUUUCUGUUUUCUCAUCUCUCUCUUCCAUUUCCUCCUCUUUUUUUCUGGGUUUUCUUUGCUUCUGCGAGGUCCACCAAACCUCGUAGCAACAAAGAAACCCAAUCCCAUUUCCUCCAAAAAAAAAGAAAAAAAGUUUAUCAUGGGUCUUCAAUCUUGUGUAAGAGCCAAGAGACUUUGGAAUGUCUUGAAGGUGACACUCAUUCUAAUGGCAAGAAAGGGUUUGAUCUCAAAAAGAAGGUUCAUCAUGGACAUGAAUUUAAUGGUGAAGAGAGGGAAGGUAUUCAGAAAAUCUGUUACCAAUUAUUUCAUGUUCCAUCACCACCACAACCACUCGAGCCAUAGAGAUAUGACAUGUGGCGGUUUCGGCAUACAGGAUUAUGAAUUCUCUUGCAGUAACACUCCCAUUAAUUCUGUUUUUUCCCACAUGUCAAAGCGCAGCACCAAAUAUCAAACUUACUUCCCUUGUAUAAACCUUCCAGUAGAGAUGGAAACAAGACGACAGCAACAAGACGAUGACGAAGAAGAAGAAGAAGAGGAAGAAGAUUCGUACCAAGAAGCCAAGGCAGAUUCUUAUCUACUCAUGACUCCUGAGAACACAUUAAAUAAUCAUUUGCAGUAUAAUGGUUGUAGCUUUGCUUUAAGUCCUGCAAUGGAGGCUGUUUCGCCGUUCAAUGUACGGAUAUCGAACUAUUCAUCUGAAGAAGAAAACGAAAUUAGCAGUGAAAGUGGACAAGUGGAUAAUCAAGCUGAGGAGUUCAUCAGAAGGUUCUAUGAACAGCUGAAGAUGCAAAAACGCCUGCAAUUACUACAAUAUAACUAAUUUAAUUAAGCUAAUUCAUUUUCCCUUCCUGAUGUGUGAUUUACAGAAUAUCCAACAUGUUAUUCUUUCAAUGGUUAUGACAAUAUAAUAAAUCAGGUUUUUUCUUUUA